CGUUAUAACGCCUCGUGUGGCCUCCGCCCGUCUUGGGAGGAAGGCUUGAGACACCCACACACUCCUGUUGCAUUGUGAGGCAGCUAGCGUGUGGUGCGCGCGCGACCGAGGAUGGUGACCCGGAAGCCGAGGGUCGUCAUAGUGGGCGCGGGCGUGGCCGGGCUCACGGCGGCGCGCCGGCUUGGCGCCGCGGGGGGCGGGGACCGGUUCGAGGUGGCGGUCGUGGAGGCCGGCGCCCGCGCGGGCGGCCGGGUGCUCACGUCCGAGUUCGCCGGCCACCGCAUCGAGAUGGGCGCCACGUGGGUGCAGGGAGUCGACGGGAGCCCCGUGUACGCGCUCGCGCGCGACGCCGGCGCGCUCGGCAGUCGCAGCGGGAAUAAGGACGAGGACGGGGAUGCCGCCGGGUCCCUCCCGUACGAGCGCAUGGACGGGUUCCCCGACCGCGUGCUCACGGUCGCCGAGGGCGGCGAGGUCGUCGACGCGGACCGGGUGGCGCGGCCGGUCGAGGAGCUUUACAGGGGCAUGAUGGAGGCCGCGCGCGCCGGGGAGGCCCGCGGUGGAGGGGGCGUCGAGGAGUACCUACGCCGCGGCCUCCGCGCGUACCAGGCGGCGCGCCCGGCGGCAGCAGCAGCAGCAGCUGGCGGCGAAAAUAAGGAGCUGGAGGAGGUCGAGGAGGCGCUGCUCGCCAUGCACAUCAACCGGGAGCGGACGGACACCUCCGCCGACGACCUCGGAGACCUCGACCUCGCCGCCGAGGGCGAGUACCGGGACUUCCCCGGCGAGCACGUCACCAUCCCCGGCGGGUACUCCCGCGUCGUCGACCACCUCGUCGCCGCGCUCCCGCCGGGCACCGUCCGCCUCGGCCUCCGCCUCCGCCGUCUCGACUGGCGCGGGUCUCCCGUGCGCCUACACUUUGCCGACGGCGCGCCGGAGAUCACCGCCGACCACGUCAUCCUCACGGUCUCGCUGGGCGUCCUCAAGGCCAGCCUCGGCGGCAAGGACGCCUCCGCCGCGGGCGCCAUCGCCUUCGACCCGCCGCUCCCGCAGUUCAAGCGCGAGGCCGUCGCACGCCUCGGCUUCGGCGCCGUGAACAAGCUGUUCAUGGAGGUGGAGCCUGCCGAGGCGCCGGGCCCGGAAGGCGGCGGCGGCCAGCCGCCGGAGUUCCCGUUCCUGCACAUGGCGUUCCGGGGGCACGUGGCCAAGAUCCCCUGGUGGAUGCGCGGCACCGAGUCGAUCUGCCCCGUCCACGCGGGCUCCCGCGUAGUGCUGGCGUGGUUCGCCGGGCGGGAGGCCGCGCACCUGGAGUCGCUCCCCGACGACGAGGUCAUCCGCGGGCUCCAAGCCACGCUGGACUCCUUCCUCCCGGGCCCACCUCAGUGGCGGGUGAAGCGGAUCAAGAGGAGCGGGUGGGCCACGGACCCGCUGUUUGUGGGGUCCUACAGCUACGUGGCCGUCGGGUCCAACGGCGAGGACCUCGACCGAAUGGCCGAGCCGCUGCCUCGCGGGUCGAGGGGCGACGACGGCCGUGCGUCGCCGCCGCGCGUCCUGUUCGCCGGCGAGGCAACGCACCGGACGCACUACUCGACGACGCACGCCGCGUACAUGAGCGGCGUAAGGGAGGCUGAGCGGCUGCUGCAGCGCUACCGCUAGGCGUUAGCGCUGCACCGACGAGUCGAGGACGCGUUCCAGCGGAUUUGCCUCUGUUUUCUACGGUUGUUUUGCUUGAACUCUUACGAGCUCUUUAGUUUCGGCACUCUGCUCAUGCUGUGAUUUACGUGGUAGUCUCCCUACGUCCCAAUUUCUAUCCAUUUUGACUUUUCUGCA